AUGUUAUCGUUAAACUUGUGCUUCAUUGUUUGCAGCAUCGUGGCGCCGUUGUGUGCCAGCUUAUCGUUCACUGCAUUGCCAUCAAAUAUUUCUUUAUCUGGAUCCUACCUUAAACUAUCUUGCUCUACUACAAAUCAAAUAUUUCCUAUUAUAUGGAGUCAUAAUGGCAAAGAUAUAGCAGAAAACUGUCAGUUCUACACUGAAAAUCACCGUUAUAUAUGCAACAGACUCAAUGAUGUCUAUGAGAUCUACAUAUCAUCUGUAAAAUACGAAGAUAGAGGGGAUUGGUCUUGUGCACAUGGACCGAAGACUCAAAAAACCAUAAAUAUUGACGUUUUAGUAAAAGCAGAUGUUUACCCACCGAAAUUAUUAACUCUUCCAACAAAUGUUAGAAUGCCUACAAAUCGGAAUCCAUCAGUUAUUGAUGCAGUCGAUUCAACACAAUUACAAGAGAAAACUGUAAUUGGACAUAUCUCAGGAAUGGGGACUUUUACUAAUCCUAUCGAUUUGACAGAUAAAAAAUUAUAUACAGAAAAUGGCAUUUUUAUUGAAUGUACAACAUCAUGUGCAUCAUCAGUUAAAGGGAUUCAUUGGAGGGCGCAGAAUUCAACAUGGACUCACAGUUUACGCGUACAAUCAGAUAUCAAUAAUAAUAAUAAUAAUAAUAAUAAUAAUAAUAAUAAUAAUAAUAAUAAUAAUGACAAUGAUGUUGUAUAUCAUGAAAUUCAUAGAAUAUCACACAGACUUGAGCAUCCUCAUCAAAAUAAUGAUUGUGAAACUGGUUUACAAUUUGUUAAAAGUCGUAUACAAGUGAAAUGUGAUUCAAAUGCAAACCGAUUGUCAAGUAGUAAUUAUCUAUCGCACACACUUGUUGGUUUGAAUAAAAUCACUUGUUUCCCAUACUAUAAUAAAGCUGUGGAAAUGAAACUUGCCAAGAUGAAUCAAAUGAAUGAUCGGUUGAUGAAAGAGAUAACUGCUUAUGAGUAUGGACAUGGUAAAAAUAAUUGGCCUGAUGUUACUACUAGUCAAACAGUUUGCUUUGUUGAAGAUGGUAAUGGUUAUCUACAAGCAGCUGCUUGUAUUUAUGUCUUAUGUCCAGGUCGACCAGUGGCAUGGUUUACAUUCGGUGAAAAAGUUGCACUUGCCACUUCAAUUGCUUUAUUCAUUGUUUUAAGUACACUAUUUUGUUAUGUAACACGUCAACGUAGAAGAGCUAAACGGAAAGCAGAUAUGUCACCUGGACAACAACAUGAAAUUGAAUUAAUGCUGUAG